CAUAGGCACUGACUGGAAUUUUAUCCACGAUAAACUGGCCGACUGUGGGUAGUUAAUUCGCCCCUGAGGUUCGCUGUUGGAAAACCACGCUGUGAUGUCGGCGUAGUCAAGGCUAUUAAUUUUUUCCCUCCUUUUUAAAAAAAAAAAAAUCAUACCUAUAGAGGAGAUAUACUAACAGGCAGACUGGUCGCAUAGAGAACCGAAGCCCCCCGCCAUGCAAGCCCAAGAUCUCCUGAGACAGCUGCGGAUGCCCGAGAUGGGGGACAUGCGGCAGAUCGUGCGGAGCCUCCCCGCCAACACGCUGAUGGGCAUGGGCGCCUUCGCCGCCAUCACCACCUACUGGUACGCCACCCGGCCCAGGGCCCUCAAGCCGCCCUGCGACCUCUCCCUGCAGUCCGUGGAGAUCGAGGGGGGCGAGUACGCCCGCAAGUCGGUGCUGAUGGAGGGAGAUAAGCCCAUGACCCACUUCUACGACGACGCCCAGACCAUGUACGAGGUCUUCCUCAGGGGCGUCCAAAUGUCCAAUAAUGGGCCCUGCCUAGGAUCGCGGAAACCAAACCAGCCAUACGAGUGGCUGUCCUACCAAGAGGUGGCAGACAAAGCUGAGUACCUGGGCUCCGCCCUGCUCCACAGAGGCCACUCCCAAGACAGCGACAAGUUCAUCGGCGUCUUUGCACAGAACAGGCCUGAGUGGACAGUUGCAGAGCUGGCCUGCUAUACAUACUCCCUGGUGUGCGUCCCUCUAUAUGACACGCUGGGCACAGAGGCCAUCAACUACAUUAUCGACAAAGCUGCCAUAGCCACCGUGGUGUGUGACGUCGCUGACAAAGCCAAGCUGAUCUUGGACUGCGUGUCGGGCCGGAAGCACUCCAUCCGCAUCCUCAUUCUCAUGGAGCCCUUCGACGCCGACCUGGUGGCCAAAGGGAAGAAGUGCGGCAUUGAGAUCAUCAGUAUGAAGGAAAUGGAGGCUAUUGGAAGAGCCAACCACAGGAAACCAGCGCCUCCCAGUCCUGAUGACCUGGCCAUCAUCUGCUUCACCAGCGGGACUACAGGAAACCCAAAGGGAGCGAUGCUGACGCACAGAAACGUGGUGGCCAACUGCGCAGCUUUCAUUAAAAUAACCGAGGUGCACUGUCCGCUAACCCGAAGCGACACUCACAUGUCCUACCUGCCCCUCGCCCACAUGUUUGAGAGGGUGGUGCAGGGGGUGGUCCUGUGCCACGGGGGCCGUAUCGGGUACUUCCAGGGGGACAUUCGGCUCCUGAUGGACGACCUGAAGACUCUGCGCCCCACUGUGUUCCCCGUGGUCCCCCGCCUGCUCAACCGCAUGUUCGACAAGAUAUUCGGGCAGGCCAACACCCCGCUGAAGAGGUGGCUGCUGGACUUUGCGUCCCGGCGGAAGGAGGCAGAGCUUCGGAGCGGGGUGGUGAGGAGGGACAGCAUGUGGGACAAACUCAUCUUCAGUAAAGUGCAGGCCAGUUUAGGAGGACGGGUGCGGCUCAUGAUCACCGGAGCGGCUCCCGUUUCCCCGACCGUGUUGACGUUCCUGCGUGCAGCGCUGGGUUGCCAGUUCUAUGAAGGGUACGGCCAGACAGAGUGUACGGCAGGCUGUACGAUGUCAACGCCUGGGGACUGGACUGCAGGUCACGUUGGACCUCCACUGCCCUGCAACUUUGUGAAGCUGGUGGAUGUAGCUGAGAUGAACUACUUUGCAGCCAAUGGAGAGGGAGAGGUGUGUGUGAAAGGACCAAACGUUUUCCAGGGGUACCUGAAAGAUGAUGAGAAAACAAAAGAAGCCAUCGAUGAGGAUGACUGGCUCCAUACCGGCGACAUCGGGAAGUGGCUUCCGAACGGUACUCUGAAGAUCGUGGACAGGAAGAAACACAUUUUCAAGCUGGCUCAGGGGGAGUACAUCGCCCCAGAGAAGAUCGAGAACAUCUACAUCCGCAGCGACCCCGUAGCGCAGGCCUUUGUUCAUGGGGACAGUCUGCAGGCGUGUCUGGUGGCCAUCAUCGUGCCGGACAGCGACUUCCUGCCCGGGUGGGCGAAGAAGAAGGGCAUCGAGGGGUCGUACAGCGAGCUGUGCAAGAGCAAGGAGCUGAAAAACGCCAUCUUGGAAGACAUAGUGAGCCUGGGAAAAGCGGGAGGACUGAAGUCCUUUGAGCAGGUGAAGGACAUCACCCUGCACCCCGAGAUGUUCUCCGUGCAGAACGGCCUUCUCACGCCCACCCUCAAGGCCAAGCGCAACGAGCUCCGCAACUACUUCCGCGAGCAGAUCGACGAGCUCUACUCCAGAAUCAAGAUGUAGCGGCCGGCCCAGAGGGACCGAGAGGAGGGGGGGGAGACAAUCACCCUGGAAGCCAUAGCCACCGCCGCCCCUAGCAACGGCCGUCAGGGAGACAGGAUGAUCUCAUCGCACGGGCCGUGGUUUCUUUUUUUUUUUUGUUUUCUUUACUACCUGCUGGAUGUUCUGAUGCACAGUCGGACCGCUACCAGUCAGAACGGUCAGAGCAUAAGAAUUAGAGAGAGGUCUUUUUGAGAUCAGAACAGGAGGAGCCUGUUGCCUUGAUCCAGCCCGUUUCAGCCUGAAUGGGCUCACCUCACCCCCUUCACCUAAAGCACAGAGCUAGUGUGGGGUGUUAAAAAUCCUAUCACUGUCUCUUAAAUGGCACCUAGGGCUGUCCUGACAAAAAUAUUCUAUACAUAAACUGCAGACAUAUGUAUAUAUUAUACAUAUACAUAAACAUGUCUGUAGUUUAUGUUAUCAUCUAACAUGUACAUCUAUGCGAGGUUCAAAAUGAACAUUUUAGCCUUGAAGCUAGAAAGACACAACUUUCAACAUUAAGAAUAAGAAGCAAAGUAUUUGCGUUUGGUCUUUUUAAUCUGCUAUACUGAUGCUGUAGCCAUUUUUGUGGAUGAUAGUUUUCAGCAGAUAGCCCAGUCAACCAGAUUUAUUUUCCAUGGAAACAAACAGCCAGUGGGAAUGCGUGCCUGUCUAAAUCUCCCACUUCAUGAAUUAUAUAUGUAAAAUGAUGCAUAUUGAAACCGGUACAAAUAUAUUUUAAAGUAAAAUCAUACCGUAUGUAAAGCUUGCAGUUGAUGUGCGAAGCGCAGUGGGCCUUUUGUAUGUCCAACCAAACACUCCUUGGGUUUUUAAUGUAUCGCAUGACCACCCUAGGUGCCUUUUAAUAUGCAGAUUUCAUAUUUUGCCUGCAGCAGACCCUGUUGUAGACGUUUUGUGCGUUAACCACUUGGCUAGGCAUCACUGUUGAUUGAUACAUUUGUUGGGUGUUGGGGGGAAAGCAGUAUAAGCAUUACUUUCAGUUUUUAAUCGCAGCACAGUAUGUAUAUAUCUAUUUAAAAAUCGUUUUGAUUAUUUAAUGCCCUGAAAGACGUAAAUUAUGCCACAGUACACCUGUGGAGUUGGAGGAAGAGACUGGGGGAGGAAGGGUUUAGGUAUCGUGCUUCUCUCUGCAUUCCCUGUUCUUUUGCCGUUUGUUGUAAUCUUGGACCUAACUCACUCACGUGGGGAAAGAAAGCCUUCUUUGCUGUUUAUAAUAGAGUCGUGUCGAUAGGAAACGAAGCACCUCUGCUUGGUUUUAAUGGGUUUAUCAGUGGGUUUGUGCCAUGUGGUUGUGUGUGUAUUGUACUAGGAAGCUAUGGCUUUUAUGUUUUUGUUUUUUUUUUUGUUGGGGGGGGUGGGGGUUUACCAUGGUUACAUCCCCUAGCAGUAAGUUUUGCAGAAUUAUGCUUAAGUGUUUUUCAGUAUCUUCCUACAUUUCAAGACCCCCUCUUCAGAAAGUGUCCUUGAGAAAACCAGCAGUAUGGCUGCCAGUCAUCCGUAACCAUGGUUUCCAGCUGUACUGUGCGCGGCAGCAGGAACAGGAACUUGAUGUACCUGCACCGAUGCCGGGCUUGGGGGGGGGGGGGGGGGAGGUGUUUGAGGCACAGGCCGUCUCCCUUCUGCUAUCUGUGCCAGCCCCACCCCACGCGAGGCAAGACCAUGGAGACCAGCUUGUCAAAAUCAAGCCUUCUUACCAACACGUUCGAACCCGAGGCCAGAGACCCAGUGAAAGUACCACUACAGUCGUGCCUCAGUGUAAUACGACUCAGGAAGGGUUUUUGUGUGGAGGAGGAACCCAGGUAUUCUCCAGAGGAGAAAGAGAACUGAGAAAAUCUCAAAGCGUCCAUUGGUAUUGGACACGUUUGCAUAGGAUACAAACAGCAUAAUGACUCCCCACCAUCAAGACAGUUUAAAUUGAGACCAAAGUGACAGACCCACAGUUGUGCUCAGAUGCAGGUGAGAGCGCUAAGCCUAGCAUACACAACACACCGGCUGUGAAAUUCACUUUUAUUUUCCAAGCUGGCGGUCCUGCAUUAAUUUAGUUAUGCGUCUUGGGAGGGGGGACACAUGGACAGUAGUGGAAUGCACACUUAAAGCACAUCAGUCUCAAAACUCCCGAUGUGGCCCGAUUUUUGCGUGUGGUGUUGGUAGAACAAGUAAUACAGUGAUGUGGCACUAAACGUUUUGUGAUGGAAAGCCAAACGGUAAAUUAUGGCCUCAUGCCUUUCAAAGCUUGCUUUAAUGUUUUUUUUUUGGCGUUGUACAUGUUUUGUACAGAUAACAGAUGCAUAUAUUUCAAAAAAUGUCGACAGUACCAAAUAAACACUGUUGUGUGUGUAUUUCUCA